AAUUAUACAUAUAAUUUGUUUUUUGCAAUUUUUUUUCUAAUUUAAAUUUUUGUUAUUUAUUUGUAAUCAACAGUAAUUCAACAAUUUGUAAAAUAGUAUAGAAGAUCAUGGAAUAUUCUCAGCAGAAACAGUUGAUGCAAGCUUUUCGCAUUGACUGCCAGGCAUUAAUAAUGCGUUUUGAACUAUCUUAUAAUACUCACUUUCAAAACUUCUGUGAGAUCUGGAGAGAUAUGCAAUUUAACUUGAUUUUUACUUCUCAUUCUUCUGAGGUAACUUUAAUGGCACUUUGUGAAGAUGCUCUUUGUAUAACAAAGCAAUUUCUGAUAAGUGUAAUCAGUUUAAAAGAACGUAUUGGAGCUCUGUACCUUAUGUAUGCAGUAUAUUACAAAAUGCCAACAGAUCAGCUAAAAAUUAGAAUGACCUUGUCAGAUUGGAAAUGUUUGAUGGAAUUACAUAGUCAGAUUAAGAAAGAAGAAUAUCUUGAUGCUAAUUAUAUCUUAUGCAAGUUGAUUGUUGAUCGUGCAUUUAUUCAUUGCAUUAGCGAUAGAGAGUACGGCAUCGAGAGACAUUUUCGUAAAAAGCAAGAACAGCCUAAAUUGGAUGCUAAUUUAAUGCCAGAGAUCAAGGAUUUAGCAACGCCUGGAAAGCUGUUGUCAAUGAUCGAUAAAUUGAGCAAAAUCUAUGAAGAAAAGAAACGCGUUUUAUGUGACGCAGAGGGAGAUUCCAGCUUGCAACUUUACGACGCUAAUAUGGCAAAUGAUAUUGUUAGUAAUAUUCGUAUAAUGCAAUCAGAGAUAUUUGCCAGUUCACAGCCCAGCUGUAGCAAGCCAUCAACAGUAUCAUCGUCGAAUAGCGAAACUGCUCAGAAAAGUAAAAAACGUAUUCGAUUCCGCAAGGAUAAUAUUUUAUCCAAGAUAGGCCGAGCGUUUGAGGAAGGGAUACAAUCAGAAUCCGAAGAACAGGAUGACUCAGAGAUGGAUUUUCUAGAAAACGCGUGAAUAAAGCUCAGCAUUAAAAGCAAACCUAGCAGAAAAUGAAGUUGUUCGCGUACUCUCCUAGUAGACUUUCAAUUGGUUAUUGUCAUCAAAACCAGCGCUAUGACCCGCAUUUCUCACUAUAAAACUGGUGCCGUCGUAGUGCAUGCGGCGUUCGCCACGACGCACGAAUAGAUGUGAUGUCUGACCCAGAGACGCAGUGCAAUGC